AGUCGAGUUUCAGAACUUUGAGUACACAGAGUCGAUUAUUCGAUUAAUCGGAAGACGACUUACCUAUCCCUAAUGGGACCGUAAACAAAAUCAGACAUUGAGGAAGGCUGGACUCCAGCUAAAGUUUGUGAUAAUAAAUAUAGAUAUAUAUGUAUAUAACUAAUACAUACAUGCGAAGAUUUUUCCAAAUUUCAUCAUCAGUAAUGUCUAAAAGCAAAAGUAAAAAAGCUGCUGCCCCAACAACACAAUCACCUGCUCCAAACAAUGAUCCCAUACAGGCCGACAAAAAUGGAAACAUAUGCAUUAGAAUUUUAGCAAAACCAGGUGCCAAAAACAAUGGUAUUACAGACAUUUCAACCGAAGGAGUUGGAGUCCAAAUAGCAGCACCACCCAGUGAAGGAGAAGCAAAUGCCGAAUUGGUGAAAUAUUUAUCGAAAGUGUUGCAGUUAAGAAAAAGCGACGUAUCUCUAGGUAAGGGUUCACGAUCUCGCAACAAAAUAGUUAUGGUUAGUAAAGGUGUAACGACCAUGGAAGCUAUUAAGGAACUGAUUCAAAAAGAGAUUGAAUCAUAGUAAAUAAGUUGAAUUCUGCUUGAAUCAAAAUAAAAAAUUUCUUGAAGACUUAAUGCAUAACAUAUU